AUAACCAGUGUUGUUUGAACCGCAGGAGGGAGAGUGUGGUGUUUCGCUUUCCGAGACACACGCCCAUGUGACUCGAGGGUGGAAAAUGUUUUGUUAUUUCACAUAUGGAAGUUUGGUCAGGUUUUAUUCUAACGGCUUCAAUUCGGACAGUUUUCUAGUAUUGACAGUAUUUAUCAAAGCUUAAUCGAAUUUUAUUUAUGUAAAGAAGCGAAAUAUAUCUGCUAAUAUAUCCCCUCUCAAGAAGGGAACCAAAAACAUUCAAUCGACACAACUAUUGCAAGAAGGAAGAGAAGUCCCCAGCAGAAGGAGACAAGCUGCGAUGAAGGAUGUUUGAAGCUGCGGCUUCAAACGCCAACAGAAGCUUUGGUCCCAUAGAAGACUUUCCGACGCCCGUGCUCCUCGGGGGGGCCCUCGCCUGCGGGCUGAGAUGCUCCCGCGGCCCAAAGUCUUCAUCGUGUUCGUGGCGUGGGCCGCCGCCUGCGGCCUCAUGCUCGUGCUCUGGCAGGACCCGUCCGCCCUGCCCGCCCACCAGCAGCACCUGUCGGCACCUACGCCCUCGCGCGCCCGCGGUCAUAGGAUCCGCACGCACGUCAGCAACCCGCUCUACCUGCAGGUCCGAGGCAGCGACAGGACGGAGAAGUACCCGACCUAUAGGAGAGAUGGAGGUGCAGGGGCGCGCGCGGGCAAAUACAGAGAAGAGGAGAGAGAUAACGAAGGAGAUCAGGAGGCAGUGGACGAUGUGGAGGAUCAAGAUUUAGCCGAGAGUUACGAUGCCGAAGCGGAAGUCAAGGAAGGGGAUGAGGGCGACGGCUUGCCUCCAGAAACCCCGUUAGAAGACGAGGAGGACGAGGACGAGAACGAAGGAGGGGCGAGACGCGGCGGGGACGAAUACUCUCAUUACGCAGAAGAAGAGGGAGGAGCGAUAGCAGUAGAGGAGGAAGAAACACCCGAAGACGCAGUGGGAGAUGAAAAGGAGGAAAAGGAAGGCGAAGAAAUGGUAGAGGAGGAAGAAGAAGAAGAAGAGAGCGAGGUGGAAGUGAUGCAGAUGGACGAGGUGGACACUGGAGGACGCUUCAACAAUACACCCGAUUCGUCCUUGCUCGUGUACAACAGAAUCCCCAAGUGUGCCUCGUCCACAAUGCAAGCCAUUUUCAGAAGGCUGUCGAGCCACUUGGGUUUCGUGCACAUCUCGUCCCUCGUAUACAACCAGCGGCUGCUGAACCACGGCGAGCAGCUCGAGCUGGUCGAGAACCUGACGGGGGCGUUGCGAGCGGCGCCAACACACACUCUCAGUUACGACCGCCAUCUCUACUACACUAACUUUACGGAGCUAGGUUCGGAGGCACCGGUAUACGUGAAUAUCGUGCGGGACCCGGUGGAGAGGUUCAUCUCGUCCUUCUACUACCGGAGGAGCCAGGAGCGACUGAACCGAAUCCCGGUGCAAGGGCGCACCGCCACGCCCUCGCCCAAGUGGCUCAACAGAACCGUAGAGCAAUGUGUGCUGGCUGGAGAUAAUGAAUGUGCUUUCCGGCCAGGAGAUGAAAAGGAAAUGAUGCUUACUUAUUUCUGUGGUCAUCACGAUUUCUGCAGGAUUGUUGGUCAUAAAGAUGCCCUGCAGGUUGCUAAGCAGGUUGUUUCACAGGAUUACAGUGUUGUGGGUUUAGUGGAACAUAUGGAAAUUUCCCUUUUGCUUAUGGAGGCUCUAGUCCCUCGCUUCAUGGUUGGAGCAUCACAGGUCUACAGUAGCAGAAAACAAAAGGAGCAACUGAUGGUUAACAAAAAUCAGGAAAAGCCUGAAGUACCUGUGGAAAUCCGGGAGAAGUUACUUCAGAGAAUGGCCGACGACUUUGAGUUCUACAACUUUUUAGAGCAGCGGCUUCACCAACAAAAGAAAGCCUUUUUGCCUGACCAGGGAAAUGAGUAAUGACAAUUUCUAGUCACACUGGAUCAAAAUGUUGGGUUAUAUCUGUUGAUUAAUAUAUAUGAAUUAUGCUGCACAGCAAAGAUUUAUAGAGUGUAUUCAUAACAUACAACAUUUUGAUCUAACAGUAUAAUUCUUAGUGAAGUAAUGGUUAUAAACAUCUUUUUUAAUAGUGUACAUCUUAAUUAGUGUUGACCAUGUGAAAAACGAACAUUCUUUUAUAAACAUUUUUAACAGAUUCUGCUGCAAACUUAUUUUAAAUUAGAAAGUAAUAUAGUUUUUAACAAUGAAAGCACAUGGAUAGAAUGUUAACCUGCAUAGCUCAAAUGAGGUACAAAUGUUGCCCUGGGGCAACCUAAUUUGUUCAUAUUGAACACUGCAAUAGGUCUGGCUUCAUAUUAGAAGCUUAUCUGCUUCAGCAGGGUAAAUCUGAGGCUACUGACUGUCAAAAAUUUAGUGAAAUUGGGGUAGGGCUAAGAUAUUUUUUCAUAUCUUUUAGUGGGAACAAAAUAGCAGGUGCAUCUCCACCAACAAAUAAAGCUUUAAUCUUGUUGAUUGCCACUCUGCAAUAGUGCAAAGACACUGCCAUAGAUUUAAGCCAAAUCAUAAAAUCAUCUUUAAUCCAGUCAGUAAUACAUUAUCCUGGCCAUUUUUAAUCCUUUUACAGGUAAAGGUAAUUUUCAACAUACAAUUAGUAUGAUUUAUAGAGGGCAAUACAGAGGUAAUGAAUUAUUAUACAGUUACUGUAUCCCAGUUAUAUAUAAAUGUAGAUCCCCGUCACAAGGUUUACAUGAAAUUUUUCUUAAAAAGAAAUGUUCUUACGAGAUGUUUUGUUUUUUUUAGUUAUACAGCUUGAAAAAAAACCUGAAUGUUAAUUGCUGAAGAAAAGAUUAAGAUGUACAUUUCAAAACUAAUGAAAAAAUUAUCCUUGUAUAAUUUUACCUAAAAAUAUAAUAAAAAUAAUAGUCUGUUAUGCCACGUCUAUCCCUUGAAAGCAUCUUCACACUCUUUACCUUAUGGUAAAGAAAUGUAUUUUUGAGCAUAAAUGAUGUUACUUGACUAAGAAGACUUUAAAAAAAAAAAAAAAAAUCAUAUUAUCUGUUACCCUUCACAGAUCUAAAAUCCAGAUUUUUUCAUUUAACUGAACAAAGAGAAUGUAUAACAAUAAAAAGUAUAAAAGACAUCCCUUUUCACCCCUCCCCCCCCAUCAUGCAUCAUUCCUUGGGUGCAAAUUUUAAGACAAAACAAUCUUGUUCAAUUUGAAAACACAUGACAUGUGGGUUGAUUACAAUAAGCCCAUUGGAUGCAGGUGGCACAAUUACAUGCCUUGACCAUUGUAAUUUUAUUUUGUGAAUUGUGUUUGCAUAGAGAUGGCUCUGUAAGUGCUUAGUAACCAAGGGGUCAAUUACUAGUCCUACAUAUCUCACCUGUUCACACUUUUCCUUGAUUUCCAGAAAGACUCUUUUAUGUUAUUUUACUAUCUUUAUUGUAAUUAGUAUGUUAACCCAAUGCCUCUGGGAGACUUUGGGGUGCGCUGGCCUCCGCUUCGUGGAGUAUGCGUGGCCAACUGGGCUUGCCUCUGGGGCCUAUUUCAGAUGCAGCUGGUGCAUGGCACUAGCUGUGCCGGAUCAACAAAGGUAUAUGAUUACUUUUUGUAUCGCUUGUAUCCAAAACAUUAUUUUAAUGUUUUUGCAUAUUCAGAGAUACAUGAUAUUCAUAUUUGUUGCUAGAUGGAACCUGUAGUAGCCUAAUUAUGUAAAUCAGAGCUCAGUUCAAUAAACUAGGUGUAUUACACACUGUGUAAAUGAUG